CAAAUUUUACGGCUCCGGCUUUGAUUUCCAGUAGUUUUAAUUUCAUCUCCACUCCCUUUCUCUCUCUCUCUCUCUCUCUCGUAGAUGUAGGUUUUGAGGAAUGUUUACUCCACUGAUCCAAUCUAGCUGCAUUUUCCUCUAAUUUCCCGGAAACCAAACACCCCAAGAAGUCGAGAAAAACCCAAGAAAGAAAAAGCUUGUUGAAUGGAUUCACGGGAAGCUCCUCCUCAUGCACCACCACAGAACAUGAUGGUGGGCCCCACGUCAUACCCCAUGCUCAACGCCAUUGCCACCUCCAACAACAAUUCCAAUGCCCCUAUUAUGAUCAGCACCAGUUCCGGCGGUGGGCCCACGAUGAUCCCUCAACCUACCGCGGCCCGUUUCCCUUUCAACUCCGCGGUCUCGGCGAAGCCAUUGGAUUCUUUCAACAGCAGCAGCAACAACAACAACAACGCCGGUCCGUACGAUGGAUCGCCGCCGUCGAGGCAGUCAGGGUUCAGCAUUGACACCUCCUCCGCCGCGGCGAAGAAGAAAAGGGGCCGGCCGAGGAAGUACUCGCCUGACGGCAACAUUGCGCUCGGCUUGGCUCCGACGCCUAUCUCCUCUUCUUCCGUCGCAAAUCACGGGGACUCCGGCAGCACCAUGCCGUCCUCGGAGCCUUCCUUGAAGAAGCAUCGGGGUCGGCCGCCCGGCUCCGGGAAGAAGCAAUUGGAUGCUUUGGGAACGGGCGGUGUCGGUUUUACUCCGCAUGUUAUUAUGGUGAAUACAGGCGAGGAUAUAUCAUCAAAGAUUAUGGAGUUUUCACAGCAGGGGCCACGCACGGUUUGUAUUCUUUCUGCAAGUGGUGCCAUCUGCAAUGUUACCCUUCGUCAAUCAGCAUUGUCAGGUGGUACUGUGACAUAUGAGGGUCGAUUUGAGAUUAUCUCUCUAUCAGGUUCCUUUUUGCUUUCUGAAAACGGUGGCAGUCGUAGCAGAACAGGCGGUUUGAGUGUGUCCCUGGCUGGGUCAGAUGGUCGAGUUUUAGGUGGAGGGGUUGCAGGAAUGCUAAUGGCAGCUUCACCAGUUCAGGUCAUUGUGGGUAGCUUUAUUGUGGAUGGAAAAAAACCGAACUCAAACAACCUGAAAUCUGGGCCCUCAUCAGCGCCGACACAACAAAUGUUGAACUUUAGUGGACCUCUCACAGCAGCCAGCCCUUCCUCUCAAGGCGCCUCAAGCGAUUCAUCAGAUGAGGAUGGUGGUAGCCCCAUUAAUAGAGACCCUGGAUUCUACAGCCAUGCCGGCCAGCCCCUACAUAACAUGCAGCCGACGUAUCAAAUAUGGACUGGCCAAACUCAACAGUGAAGAUGCUACCUGUUAAUUGGUUCACAGCGUGCGAUAUGUUCUGCAUAGUGGAUAGGAAGGUGAAUUCCAAAAGCUAACAAAACGAAUUACCCAAGGCUUAGAGGGAGAGAUCUAUUUGAAGUUCUCUUAGUGGGUUGUUUUAUUUUAUUUAAAGCUAGUCCUAUUUUUUGUCCUUUUCACAUGAUUAAGAGACGGCCAUUGGUGAUAGCUGAGGAAAUGCGACCUGAUUAAUUUUUAGGAUCUCUUCAGUUCAAAUUGCUUUUAUAUUACUUUGAUUUGCAUCUGUUCUCACAUUUCCGGAGUUUAUGAACUUAAUAUGUAAGACUUUUUCUAGGAUUAUGAGAUUUAAAGCUAUAUUUAAUAGAGUUGGGUGCGAUUGUCUUG